GUGGGCUGUUGUUUUUGCAAUCAUUGAAAAAGGAAGCCCAUAUAGAGCUACUGAGGUGUAUGAAGUUGUAACUACACUAGCUAGUUAGCUACAGUAUACAUUGCACCGCAGUCAAUAUGCUGACAGCGUUAGGCUAGUGCUAGCUAGGAUAGCUAGAGCUAGCAACAGUACAGUACUAGUAGCUAGUAGUACUAGGUGCUGGAUAGUCAGCAAAAAGGCAAUUUUGUCUACUUCACUUGGCUACAGUUCCUACUACACUGAACAACAAAAAACGUUAUUCUUCUUCAGAAUGUCAUCCCAAGGGUUUUCCAAAGACGUGCUGCAACAGGUCAACCAGUUCUGGUCCUUGUUAGAUGACAUGUCACAGAAUGACCCGCAGAGUUACCAGAUGUUCGUUCGGCGCCAGAUGAAGGAUGGCGCAGAUUUCUACUCUCCACCCGAACCUGAUUCCUGCCUGCGCACUGAAAUACUGGAGCCGAAGAGAGGUUUGCUGUAUGUAAACGUGUGUGGGUGGAAACGCGUCCCAGCUGCCCCUCUGGAAGACCACAGCAGGCCGGUGCCCGUGUGCGGAGGAUGCCUGGAGAUACACUCUGACGAUGGAGAGGAGUAUAGCGUUGUGGACGUGGCGUUCAGCCCUGUGGUGCUCCAGGCCACUCAGAAGGACAGGAGAGAGAGGGACCAGAUCCACCUGCUGGCCCUGAGCUUCACCCAGCAGCAGCAUGGCCUGCGUCUGGCCCAGCACCACACCGUGGCUAGCAGCAGGCUGAAGGGCAAGCUGGAGGACAUGCGACGUCGCCUUGCCUCGCCACAGCAGUGCUCCUCACCCACCGUCCCCUCACAGCCACACGCUACAUUGCAGAGCCCCGCCUCCCUCCUUCAGCAGAUCUCCUCUUUGCGUGUUGGCGAGGGUGAGGCAAGCUCGUCUGUCCAGCUCACCUCAGAGCCUGCAGACCAGAAGCAGAAGAAGAACUUCAUCCAGGUGAUCUCCAGCUCUGAGGCAGCCCAGCCUCAGGAGCCCAAGUACCACCUCAGCGUGACCUCUGACCCCCAGGGCAUUUCUCGAAGGGUGGAGCUCAGCGUGGAGCUGCCCCAGGUCCGCUCCAUGGCAGAGUGCCAGCUUAACAUCUCCCAGGAUGAUGUUGUUUUGGAGGUGGAGGAUGUGUAUUAUCUACACCUGGAGCUCCCUGAGGCCGUGCACGAGGACGGUGCCUCCGCCACAUUCAACAAGAAGACGAGGACACUGACUCUGAAAGCGACUGUGCUCUGAAUACAUUACGCCCUCCAUAUACAAACAUUUAAUCAGCCACUGUCUGCCCGGCCAUCACCCUCCCAGACAGGCCCCACCAGGUGGGGAGCUAUCCCCCCGCUGUGACUGGGAAAAUAGAAUAGUGGAGCUGGCGGUGACGAGUAACACAGUUACUUUAGAUCCCUCACAGGAAGUGGACCAAAAGAAAUGGAGUCCCUGUUAGGAGUCCUACACGGCUCAAAACACUCUGUCACGCAUCCUCCCAAGCUGCGCCUUUGAACUUUGAUUGACUCCACAUUACCAUAUCUAUGACAGUCAGGUUUUCUCUGUGUUUUGGGACUGUAGUCAGUUUAUAGCAUGCAUGGGGAUAAACUGACACAAAGUCGGUAGUCAUGCAGUACUUCAUGUUUAUUAAAACAUCAAAAUUGUCUCUGAACAACUCCAUUUAUGUUUGGCAGUCUACAACUUGUGUGUAAAACAUUUCAUAAUCCAUAGGAAAGAGCCAUUUUGGAAAGUAUGGUUGGAUUUCAAAACUGUCAUGAAUAGAUUGGUCCCGAUGUAUGAAGGAAGUGUUUGACACCUUAGACGAGCUGCUGAAUACUGAGAGGGUUUCAUGGCAUUGUGGUCCAGUGGUCAUCGUCGAGCUUGUCUCCAGGGGCUCUCUACCGUCUCUCUCCAUGGUCCUCCUCCACCCAGGCUACUAUCUUCCCCUCCCAGCCAGGCACCACUGCCCCAUCCUGGAACACCUGACACACAACCCCCCCCAAGCAAAAGCACCAAACUAGUCAGACAGUCUGAGACUUCAAAGUUAAAUUCACCAACACCCUGAUAGACACUGAAUACCAAUGAGCUCUGCAGUGAAUCCUGAUUCUACCAUCCGUGGCUGAAAUCAUUCAAUUACAGACCAUUAAACUUUCUAAGAGUUUA